CUCACUCCACACCCACACACUCUCUCUCUCUAACCAUGCCCCUUCGUCUUCCAAGCUCCAACGCAUACCCCCAUUUCUCGCUCUCUCUCUCUCAUAUUCCGUGCUCUAAAAUUUUCCUAAUUCUCUCUCUUUCUCUUUCAUCUUCCAAGCUCUGAUCUCUUCCUAACUUACUCCGAUCAUCAUCUCCGGCCAAACCUUUAGAUUUUCGCCAGGAUCAUCUCCGAAUCUGACGCCGUUCUGGCCUAGACCUCUUAGGACCAACCCACAAGGUCUUUUGGCUAUUGAAGCAGCGAGCCUUAAGCAGGUCUCCUGGGAUUCAGUGAUAUCAGAAUUCAAAAGCGUUCUGCGAGCAGAGCUUUUCCGCAAGUAGAGAAAGUGUGAUAGUUGGAGGGACUCUGCCCAUCUAGCUGGGGGAAGAGAAUUUCAAGACGGACAAUAAGAACACAAGCAAGCGACAGCAUAACAAGAGAAUAGAUGGGGCUGCAUGGCUGCAGUGCCACUGGUGAGCUUGACAGCGAGAACUUCAGCGAACCAUUGCCAUGGAUCGGCUUCUACAUAGCUGGAGCUUCGUUUCUGUGCUUGCUUGCCAUGGCAAUCGACGCCUUUCAUGGAUUCCGUCGCCAGAAGCUCUGGUUCCCAUGCAAGUUCUUCUCGCUUAAUGCUGCUUCCUUGACCCUCUUAGCCAUUGCCACAAAACUGCCCGUGGAUCUGAGCACAUCCAUGCCACGCGGUGAAGAACAGCUAACCAAGCUCAGCGGCACGAUCCUUAUUUGCACUGCAAUGGGCAACUUCAUGCCCUCUCUAGGAACUAUGGAGGACUCUGGAUUGUUCUCAAACGUUCUUGCCUUGGUUAUUCUCGUGAUCACCAUGGUCAUUAACAUCGGUAUUCAGAUGGGUACCGGUGCGAUCUAUGCUUUCUUACCUGAGCACACCAUAAUCAUGUUUUUCAUGAUCGUUUUGCUUGCGAUCUUGGUUUCUUCUGCUUUAACAGUUCCAACAGCCAAGCAGCUGCUGGAACACCAGUAUAAGAAGAAGCAUAAACAGCGGCAGCUGGAACAACAGUAUGAUAAGAAGCAUAAACUGGCUUUAGAUGAAGAAGUGGACAAGGCUGAGGUGUUCUGCGUUGAUAAAUUGAAAGAGACUGUAAACAAGUAUUGGAUGAUGGCCCAUUCUUCUAGUCCUCAGUACGUUUUGGGACGCUCGGUUACUUGCAUUGCCUCAGGAGUUUUCUGCCUCCUCAGUGUGCUGAUUUUAUUGGAAGCUUUAGUCAGAACGUUUACUUCGUCAUCAUCAGACUUCUGCAGCGGGCAAUCCGACUAUAAGUGGUCAAUUGAAUUAAUCUUAAUUUCUCAGUUGAUCGCAGUCGGAGUUGGUAACAUUGCCCCAGCUUUUAGAUGGUACAAUGCUAUUAGCUUCAGAAGCCUGGAGAGCCAACAAGGAAGCCCUGAGAGCCCAAAAGGAAGCUGGUUUAAGGUGGAGGAGUACUGGAUUCAGAGGCUAGUAAAAUGGAAUAAGAGCCCAUUGCCGUUCCGCAUUAGUAGCAGACGAUGUAGGAAAAUCGCCCAUGUCUCAAAACAUGGAAUUCUGGAUGCCUGUAUUGGAAUCCAAACUGCAGUAGUACUAGUUUGCAAGUUUGUUUCGCUGGCUCCUAUACUGCCAGUGAGUUGGCUCAGUACAUUCUUACCCUGCUGCUGCAAGCGUCAGAGGAAUUUGGAAUCUAACAGAUGGGAGUCCGAGGACCCGCAGGGUUUUGUAUUGCAUCUUGAAGGGGAGGAUGAUUUAGUCCAUCUGAUUAUGGAAAGUGGCCAGCAAGACACAGAGAAAUGGAUUGAAAAGGGCAGGAACAAUGAACCUACUGAUCUGAUUAACCUUCUAAAAUCAAAUUUAUCAGAAGGUUUCAAUGGCGUGGCUGAGUUUGAUAGCAACCAGAUUCCCCCAAUUGGAGAGAAGCCUCCAAACUGCUGGGCUCUGCCUGUGGUUACCCUCACAAGCAUUGCUGUCGCACUUCCCUAUAUUGAUGAAAAUACAAUCAGAUCGUUACGGCAAGCUGUAAAUGAAGGCCUCAGGUAUGUAAGGCUCAUAGAAGCGAACCUGGAUGCCAAUGAGUCAAGUAGAAUGAAGGAGGCAACAGAUAUAGUCUGGCGUGGCACCGAUGUUUAUGAUCGUUGGCUCGACAAGGAUCUCCACAAAUUGGUCACUGAAGAAAAAUACGCAGCGAAGAUAAUCGGAAGACUUUCUGAGAUAGCAAAGGAAAGUGUUCGAAAUUUCACAGAUGGGCGCGUCCGAGAGACAGGACCCGGUGAAUGGCCUGUAGAAGUAUUGGCUGGGAGUUCCAUGUACAGGAUCGGUGAGACUAUUCUACAGGACUAUGAAGACAAGUUUGGGACUGUUGACAAGUUGUUCCAAUGGUUAAGAAAAACCAUUGCUGAUAUAUUGGGUGCUUGCCUUACCAACCUGCCUCGUGUGAUAUCCAUGGAAUGCUUUUGUGGCGUCAUUGAAGUGAGGGAAGACAGUGUUAGGGAUGCUGCCUAUCUUCUUGGUGAAGCUGAAACUAUUCUGGUAACUUUAGGAGAGCGAAAGUUCCCAGAUUUAGACCCUGAUCAGAUGGCAAAUAUUGAUGAAUGGCGUUUGAGCAAGCUGAGAAAACCAUGUCUCCUUUCUCCUGCUGAUAAUGUCUAGCUUAACUAUGAGUGAAUUGCCUUCAUCAAUUGAGGAGUUUGAAGCAAGGAACUUGAGAAUGAAAGCAGAUCAUCAUUCCGAGGGUAGUUAGUCCUUAGAUUAAUGUUGUAAUAUAGUUUUCAUGUGGCUGUUUGUAUUAGUAUCGUGUGGAUCAUAAUUAGAAUGCAUUACUCAUCAACGCAAUCAAAUCUUUGAGCCUGAGAUUUAGGACCUGUUUGGAUGAGCGAUUAUUGUCGUGAUGUGGUGUAAAUACCGUCAUAAUGAUGGUUUUUCCUUAUUUGAAUAUAAGUCAUUUGCGCUUCUCUUUUA